CAUCUUCUGACAUGUUUUCUAGUCCAAUUGGAAAAAAAAUGUUGACCUACCGGUAAAACAUUUAAUCACGUAAAAAAACCAAGUUGUUUUGUUUCCAGUAUAUCAGUUUUGUGAGCGAAAUGGAACAAUUCACUCCAAUAAAGGUAGAAGAGCUUAUACUAUUCGACACUUUGCCUGUGGAAGAGGAAUCUCCAUUCGAUCGGUGCUCCGGUGAAACGACUGCAACGAAUGCCCUGAGGGAAGGCUCAGCAGAUGUGAUACAAGGACCUGUGAAGAAUAUCACUGACCAAGUAAAGAUCACAGCAGAUUGUAAAGAAUCUGCAGCUUCUAGCUCCAGCCACUCGAAGUGUUCGAAAAUAUGCAAUACCGUUGUUAUUGAUCAUCCACUGAAAAAGGAUGUUUGCGGAUUCCGCAACAGGAAAUUUAGCAGAAAAGACAACUUGGAGAAUCAUAGCAGAACUCAUACCGAGAAACGUUCCUUUGAAUGUGAUACCUGUAAUAAAACAUUCAAUAGCCCCAGGGAUCUACUGUACCAUAAGAAUGCCCAUACAGGAGAAAGUGAGUUCGUAUGUGACAUAUGCGAACGACGUUUCACCAAAAAGAAAAGAUUAUUAUCCCACAUGAAUCUACAUCGCACAGAUUUCCCACAUCAGUGUCGGAUUUGCAGUAAAAAAUUUCCAACUGGAUACGAACUCGCAGAUCAUAUGCCCCGGCACAGCGAUGAGCGACCUUUCAAAUGCCCUAUCUGUAGCAAAUCAAUGAAGAGAUCCAAAGCAUUACGGAUACAUGUAAACACAAUGCACCAGUUCGAUACAUUCCCAAGUAAUUUGGACAGUUGGAAACCGAGGAACAGCACUUGUGAUAUCUGCAACAGAAUAUACAGCACACCUGAACGUUUGCAUCACCAUAUGAGUGCACACACAGGAGACCGAAACUUUGAGUGUGAUAUAUGCGGACGAAGAUUUAGCUUGAAAAAUAAAUUAUCUUGUCACAUGAAAAUACACCGCACAGAUUGCCCACAUAAGUGUCUGAUUUGCGGAAGGAAAUUCUCAACUAACUUUUUUCUGACGGACCAUAUGCGCAGUCACAGCGAUUGGCGGCCCUGCAAAUGUGACAUCUGCGACAAAUCGUUCAAGAUAUCGAGAACCUUAACGCAACAUAUGCGGAAGGUUCACAAUAUCGAUCCCCUCAUAAGGUGUCAUUUUAGGCCCCUACUGCGGUAUGCCACGUCUCUAGAAAAUGUUCCUAUCUCAACUCCCUCGUGGUACCAAUUCGGUGACGUAGAGGGUUUGGAGACAAGCCAAAUUAAUAACAGCCGAAGCAAAAUUACAGGAAAAUACACCUGCGACAUAUGCGGUAAACAGUACCAAGCCAAACGAACUCUUCUCUUACAUCAGGAACUUCAUCAGAGCACUGUAGAGAGAUCUGAAUGGAAAUUUCAAUGCGAAAUCUGUAGUGAAGCAUUCUCACAAGAAUCAACAUUAGCGCGACACAUUGAAGCACAUAGCACCAAGCGACACCAGUGUAAGAUCUGUGGGAAAAGAUAUGCUCGCUUACACGCUCUCCUGCUGCAUAUGACUUGUCACCCAGAGAAAAUACCUUUUAAUUGUGGUAUUUGUGGUAUAUCGUGUGAGUCAGCUAAAGCUGUGAUAGAACAUAAAAUAACGCACACCUCAAAGAACAGGCGGCAGAAAUGCGAAAUUUGUGGGAAAGGAUUUCUAAGUUCUCAAAACCUCAUGAUGCAUAUGAUGUACCAUACUGCAGAACGACCUUUCAAAUGUGAGGUUUGCGGGUCCGCAUACAAGUCAGUUGUUGGUUUGAGAGAGCAUCAGAUAAAGCACGGCCUUGAGAGUCCUUAUGGAUGCGAAAUUUGUGAAAAACGAUUUUUUACUUCUUGGCGGCUCAAACUGCAUAUGACUUGUCAUACUGUAGAACGGCCUUUCAAAUGUGAUAUUUGCGAGUUCGUAUCUAAGUCAGUUGUAGGUUUGAGAAAGCAUCAGAAGAAGCACACCUCGGAGAAGCCAUGCAAAUGCGAAAUCUGCGGUAAAACCUUUCUAUAUCCUUCCGCCGUAAAGCAGCAUAUGCUUCACCAUACUAAUGAAAGACCUUUUCAAUGUGACAUGUGCGACCGGUCAUUUAAGUCAACUGGUAAUCUGUUAAAUCACAAAAAAAUCCACAAUUUGGAGUGUGUGUCCAAAUGUUCGGUUUAGAUAUAGAAUAAUAAUUCUAACAUCAGUUGACCUUCCACGUUCGAUUCUUAUGGAAUCAAGCUUGAAUUUGGAUGAAUUCACACAUCUAUUUUUACUUAUUAGUGCAUCACUAGCUACAGAAGCUGAACGGUUCAUAUCAUAGAACUAUCAAUACAACUGCAAAUGUGACAUCAGCGCAAGAAAGAAACCAUGGACACAAACUCUACGCUUUCUUGUCGAGCAAGCAAUGCCACCAGGCAAAAUAAAACCACGAUGAUUUAAUUUAAGUUAUCUUUAGAAAUAUCUGUUUGAUAGGUUUAGCAACACAAACUGUGAGUUUUGCUGAGGACUCAUUAGUCCAGGGAACACCAAAUAGAAUUCGGGGUUUACCUUUAGGCAAAUUUUUUCUCACUUU